UAAUUUAUAUAAUCUGACAACUGUGUAAUGAACAACGAAAAUGUAAACUGAUAAAACAUUUUUUCACUUCUGAUAAAUAUAGUGGACGUGAUAUUUAUAGUUAAAUGUUCAUAUUUUGUUAAAUGUUGUGAUUAAUACCGCCAAGAUGGAACAUGAAGAACCAAUUUACCGAGGAAUUUUACAGUUACCCGUUGGAAAGCUGCUUAAGAAAUCUUGGCAACAAAAAUACUGUUCGCUUUUUAAAUCUAGUAAAUUCGGUGUUGAAAGGUUAGAAGUUUACGAUACACCGAAUUCAAAAGAAUACAGUAAAAUAAUAAUUUUACAACAAUGUAUAAAGGUAUAUCCGAAAUCUAAUACUACUUUCGUAAUAACAACAAAAACGAAUUCGUAUGAAUUUAACACGUUAACUGAACAUUCUAAUACCGAAUGGGUGAGUGCUAUACAAUCAGUCGCAUUUCCAGAUGACGUAUCGAAAAUAACAACCGUAGAAGAAGAUAACGAUUUAUAUUGUUCAUCUGGCGAAGGGGUUUUUAACGUUAAAUUACACCCUUCUCCCGUUUCUAUCCGUUGCGGAUUAGAAAAUAAAAAUUACACUUUAGUUUUGAUGUCGAAUGCAUUACAACUUAGGAACGUCGUCGAUGAUAAAUUAUUAUUUACGUGGCCUUAUCAUUACAUACGACGUUACGGUUAUAAAAACGGUAGAUUCACCUUUGAAGCGGGAAGAAAAUGCGAAUCUGGAGAAGGAAUAUUUUACCUAGAACAUCCUAACCAACAAGAAAUAUUCCGAUGUUUAGCUAGCAAGAUGAAAUGCAUGAAAAAAUUAGCUUCGGCGGAAAAUUCUCCGUUACUAGAUGGAGACGCGCAAUUUCAAGCGGCAUUCUUCAUGGAACCCCGAUCCAGAACACCUCUAGUACCCUCCUCGACGUUACAAUCCCUCACAGAUCUAUCAGUAUCGAGUAAAUCUCAAAUAAGUAUUUCAAGUAGCGAUUCCGAUUCCAAAUACGUGCAGUGCUCGUUAAAAACCCCCGAAACGAAAAUGGCGCACAAGUUGAAACCUUCGAAACCCCCCAGAAAGUUCAAACCUGUGAACAAGCCCGAACCGGAGUAUGAACCGGUUCAAAAGUACGACGAGAUCGAGUUCAGGAACAACGCCUGGCAAACUUUGGGGGUGGAUUCGCCGGAUCACAAGGAACAGCACGUCGAUGAGGAGGAUUACAUGUCGUGGGGCGAUGUUAGAAAGGAAAUAGAAACAGUUAAAAAACCUUUAGUGUCAGCGAUUAUUACGGAAAAUACCCCGGGGUAUUAUGAUAAGUUGAACUUUUUUGGGUCUACUAGUAAAUUGAAUACGAAAUCUCCUUAUAAACAAGUAUAUCCGGUUCCGGUGGCUUCCGUCGUCGUGGAACCGCCGUCAUUUAACGAUUACGAUGAAGUUCAGUGUUUUCCGGAGAAAAAUGCAGAUGAAAAAGUUAAUCAUCAAUUUCACAACGAGGAAGCUUACGCCGUCAUCAGUAAACCAAAAAGGGUCUAGUCAUUUUUUUCACGUUGUAGCGUGUUAUAUGGGAUAUUCAGUGUACAGGGUGAUCAAUUUUAGUGACUACAUCGUUAUUUACCAAUUGUUCUUAUUGUGGAUGGCUCGAUGGGAAGUGAUGGUGAAGUGAGUUUAGUGAUGGCAUUAUUGCACUGCAUUGGUUUUUAUGAAUUUUGCGAUUUCCGAGCUCUUUUGGGUACAAAAAUACAAUCGGAAAUACAUCGAUUUCAUGUUUUUUUAAUGGAUUUAUGAAAAAAAAUAUUUCAUUCGAUUGUAUUUCAGUAUAAUGACUCAUAACUUUUUUUCAAAUUGUCUAAGGAAGUUUUUAUAUUUAUUUUUGUUAAUCUAUACAAAAAAAUGAACAUUUUGGAGAAAAAAUUAUAUAAAAAUGUUUAGUUUUGAAGUUUUUACAAAUUAAAUUUUAUUAAUGCUUCUAACAUGACCUUUUUUUAAAAAAAACUGUAUAAACAUAAAAAAUAAACAUUUUUAUACAAUUUUUUUUCCAAAAUGCUCAUUUUUUUAUAUAGAUUAAUAAAAAAAUAUAAAGACUUCAUUUAAUUAAUUAUAAAAAAGUUAUUGAUAAUCAUAUUUCACGGUCACCUGAUUUUUUUAUCAUAAAAUCGAACUUUUUAAAUAAGUUUUUUUUUCAAAAUUAUUCAUUUUUGCAACAGAUCGAUCGAAACCUUUUAAAAAAAAUUGAUAAUUUCUCAAGUUUUAUAAAAAAAUCUCAUAUAGAGUCCUCCAUAACUGUUUACGACGUCAUGAAAUCGGGUUUUCAUAUUUUUUAUCCAGGGUCUAAUUAAAAAAUAACGAUACCCCCGAAAUUUACCGAAUUUUUUUGUCAAAAUUUCACCUGGAUUAUCCCUAAAACCAGUUUCAUCCAAAAACUUUCAUUUGCCCCUCAUACCUGUUCGUAUAUCUCCGAAAAUAUUGAUUUUAGAAAAAAAAGUUUCAAAUAAAAAAUAAAGAGCAUAAAAAGCUCUACAAAAAAGGCUCUAUACGUUUUUUACCUAAACCUAUUCGUUUGGUUGUUAUGAAUCAAAAUAUCUCGGCAGAAGUCAAAUUGACAAAACUAACCUAACCUCCUGCCGAGAUAUUUUGAGUCAUAACAACCUAACGAAUAGGUUUAGGUAAAAAACGUAUCACACCUUUUUUUCUAGAGCUUCUCAAGCUUCAUUUUCUAUUGGAAACUUUUUUUUUUUCUAAAAUCGAUAUUUUAGGAGAUACUUAGGAAAAUUUUUGAACGCAAACGACUUGGAGUAGGGGUUUCUAAUAUACUAACAAACUCUUUCUUCGUCACAUUCCUUUCUAUCAACAUUUUUCUUAUUAUUUUUACCAGUAUUGUUACUAUUUUUUGCUAAAACUUCUUGAUUAUACCUAGGAGAAGUUUCACCAAAAAUGUUCUGUUCGCCCCUCGUACCUCUUCACAUGUCUCCCAAAAUAUUGAUUAAAGAAAAAAAAGUUUCAAAUAAAGAAGGAAAAGCAUAAAAAGCUCUAAAAAAAAGGUUUUCUACGUUUUUUACCUAAACUUAUUCAUUAGGUUAUGACUCAAAAUAUCUCGGUAAAAUAUUAGGUUAGUUUGGUCAAUUUGACAUCUGUCGAGAUUUUUUGAGUCAUAACAGCUAAACGAGUAGGUUUACGUAAAAAACGUAUACAAUCUUUUCUGUAGGGUUUUUUUAUUUUUUUUAUAUGAAACUUUUUUUUCUAAAAUUAAUAUUCUCGGAGAUAUUUGGUAAAAUGUUUUUACCUGCCUUAGCAACAAAAUAUAUCGAACAAAGUUAUUUACAAUAUGAUAAAUCGUAAUUUUUUAAUUAUUUACAAACAUACAGGGUGUUUUUAACCCUAUAAAUAUAAAGAAUAAAACAAGAUAAUUCCCAAAAGUUGAUCACUACCACUAUCAAUUGGAAAAACUAGAAAAAAUUCGACAUUUUGUUAGUUUCAAUAGUAGAUAUUGAAAAAAAAGUGUAGUAAGACCAUGAUUGGACGACUAGUUGACAUUUAAGUUGACCAAAUCUCCCUUGAAUUUGUGUUUUCUUGUACCUAGCCGACUGUUUGUUAUUUCAACACUCAUGCGCACCUACAGAUUCUGUCAGCUGUCAGAGGUUUAUUCUUAGUAGCUGUACUGGAACUAUACUAGUGAAGGCCAAUUCAUGAGUGUAUAGAAUUAAUUCGAUCGGAGCAUUUGUUGAUUGUUGUAUUUGAGAUUAUUUGAUGUGAUUCAGGCCUUAACAAUAAUGGGAAACGAUUUAGUACUUUUUGAUAUGUUACAUUAGUCCAAUGACGACCCAGUGGAAGUAAUACAGUGAACUGGGUGAACUAGUUCUCUUGCCUGCUACUAAGAACAACGACAAUAGCGCUGGUUCUGCUACAAAGAACACUCUAGUGUACACUGGUUGUACCAGUGCAGCUAACAAGAACAAACCUUAUUUUUCAGUGUAUCUACAAGUAUAAACUACAUUAGAAAAGUGAGGUUAUGGUUUUGACGUUCAGGGCGUAAAAAGUUGGUUAAUUUCGACGUCAAGCGUGAUCAUUGUGUGCGUUUCUCAACAUAUUGAACUAUCUUUAAUAUUUAAGAACGUCUAUAACACGUCAUUCUGUGUUUAAAUAAAAAUUACGUAACUUUGUAUUGUGAAGUGAUUACUUACCAAACUCUGUGAUAUUAUAUAUUCCAUCACAUUUUUUUAUGUAUAUAAACGUCAUUUUUUUAUAUAAAA